AUGUCUCGCUCCGCCGCAGAUGCAACCCGCUUCACGGCCACAGGCCCCUACGCCAACGCCAAACCCGGCGCCGCGCCGUACAAGCUCCCCGGCUUCAUGGCCAACGCCAACGCCACCACAUCGUCCGCAGGCUCCGCCGCCACCGGGCCCGGCGGCCGUCCCGAGACGCCCAAGGAGAAGGUCGAGCGGUUGCGAGCACAGGCCCGCGCCGCCCGGAUAGCCCAGUCGACCUCGCGCGUCGACCAGGUGAUCGACGUGGGCCGCCGCUUCGCCAAUCGUGCCCACAAGGCCAUGGUGUACACGCUGAUUGCCGCGUCGGGCGUCUGCGGCGCCCUCACGGUCUACUCGAUGGUCUCACUCACCCUGUACAACCGCCGCCAGCGCGCGCUGUGGAUCGAAAACGAGAUGCAGAAGCUGCAGGACGCCAAAGCCGCCUACGUCGCCGGCUCCGCCACCCCCGCCCAGCUCGAGCUGCUCAAGAACGAGAAGAUCGCCGAGAUCAUGAAGCAGAAGAAGGACGAGGAGAAGGCCCACCGCCCCUGGAACCAGCUCAAGGCCUACCUCUUUGGCGGGCUGAAGUCGGACGAGCCCGCCACGGCGGCGGCGACGGGGCCGUCGACCGAGCCCGGCAAGCCUGGCGUGCUGGAGGCGCUGAACGCAAAGGCUGUGGAAGAUGCGGGCGCCGCGGCGCCGUCAUCGACGCCGACGGCCGGCCCGGGCCAGCUGGAUGUCCUUGCGGAUAAUGCGGAAGCGGCGGCGAAGCAAACGACGCGCAGCUGGAAGAGCUGGUUUACGGGUCGGUGA